AUAGAAAACUCUACUUCUCUCCCCAUCCUCAGCCAUAAUCUAAAACUCAAUUCACAGUCGCGCCGCAUAAUUCCAAAGUAGAAUACAAUGAGAUUUCGUUCAGUAUUCGACGCCGGUGAGCUCAGAGCAGAGUUUGAGAAGGCCCAAAUCAAUUAUAGCUUCAUCCCAUUAAUCUGGAAGUACGUUAUUCAAAACCCUAACUGUGAAUUGGAUCAAGUGCCUUCACUGCCCUCAGCUGCAUACCCUCUGCUUCGAUCGAAGUUCAAACCCUGCACUUCCACUCUCCACUCUAUCAUCGAUUCCUCGGACCAGGUCACCACCAAGCUCCUUGUAAAGCUGCAGAAUGGAGCUUUUGUGGAGGCUGUUAUAAUGAGAUAUGACACACGUCUUGGAAAAUAUGGUGGAAAACCUCGGCCUGGUGGUCCUAGGUCAACCUUGUGUAUUUCAUCUCAGGUGGGCUGUAAAAUGGGCUGCAAGUUUUGUGCAACUGGGAGCAUGGGAUUCAAAAACAAUCUAUCAUCAGGAGAGAUUGUGGAACAAUUGGUGCAUGCCUCUCGCUUAACAAAUAUACGAAAUGCUGUUUUUAUGGGAAUGGGGGAGCCUCUGAAUAAUUAUACUGCUUUAGUAGAAGCUAUCCGUAUAAUGACAGGAUCUCCAUUUCAGCUGUCACUGAAGAGAAUCACUGUGUCAACUGUUGGGAUUAUUCAUGCCAUCAACAAACUCCAAAACGAUAUACCAAAUUUGAACUUAGCAGUUUCACUUCAUGCUCCUGUUCAAGAUAUCCGUUGCCAGAUAAUGCCGGCAGCUCGAGCUUUUCCUCUGGAAAGACUCAUGGAUACACUCCGAGUGUAUCAAAAGAAGAGUCAGCAAAAAAUCUUUAUAGAGUACAUAAUGCUUGAUGGGGUUAAUGAUGAAGAGCAGCAUGCACACCAGCUUGGCAAAUUGCUAGAGGCAUUUGAAGUGGUUGUGAACCUGAUACCAUUCAAUCCCAUUGGAACCUUGAGUCAUUUCAGAACCAGUAGUGAGCAGAAAGUUUUGAGAUUCCAGAAGGUUCUCAGGGGUACUUACAAGAUCCGAACAACAGUUCGUAAGCAGAUGGGUCAGGAUAUAAGUGGUGCAUGUGGUCAGCUGGUGGUGAGCCUCCCUGAUAAAAAUUCGAACGAGAGCACUCGUAUCUUGACGGACAUUGAAGAUCUUCAUCUUUGACACAACACGUUUAACAACUUGCCUGGUUUUUAUGCUUUUUUAUUUUAUUUUUUUCCCCUGAUGAGGUGAAUUUCUGUUCAUUGAGGUCUUCAGGAUUCAACGAACACUACAUGAUAUUGUUUUCAUGGGAUGGUGCCAUUCUUGGUUUAGUUAGUUUGGAUCAUUCAACCAAUAAUCAGGAUGUUGGAGAAUGGGGAUUUGCGUUGAACAAGAUGGUGGAUUCAAUUUUAGGAAGUUCCUGCGAACUAAAUACUAGUUUAAUUGGUCAAUUUAAUUAAAAUGCCUGGCAGUAUACAAUAGCCUGAAGCAUAGGCUAAAUUGAGGCAGGGAUGGCUAUGCAAUGAAAGUCAAUUAUUUUCCAGAUCUCAA